AUGGCCGCAAGUGUUAAUAGCACCGAAGGAACGAACGCUCAUCGACCCGCAGGAGUAUGGCAUCAUCUCCCCUGGAAACAUGUGGCAUGGCGUUGCGGAGCCUCCCUUGUACUCUGCAUUACCCUCGCCAUUAUCCUCUUUGUCUUUGAGAGAAUGGGAGUACUCGACAAAUGGGAAAGGCGGGGUUUUAACACAUUAUCCAUCCUGCUGUCGUCGCUCGUCAGCUUGUCUUUAGGCUCCCUGCUGGGGCUGUUGGGCGGGAUGCUUCGCUGGCCCUUGCUGGCGAGGGGUCCUGCUUCGCCCCAGGAUGAUGUCACCAUCGAGUAUCCCGCUAUGGCGACGGACUGGGGCUCUCAGGACUGGUUUAGCCUCCCGGUGAACGAUUCCGGGGGGAUGCUUCCGAUUACCGCGAAUACGGGAGCACGCAUUUCUUUGGCAUAUCGUGUUGACGGUUACUAUGCAGCACGUAUGAACGAUUACGCAAUGCGCGCGCUACUGAUGAGUCCCAUCAGCUUCAACGAAAGCGACCCUUCAUCCCCGCUGGGUAUGGAGGAGAUAGCAGGCUUGACUCGGGUCUUUAACGGGACUCAUGUUGAAUACUCGUACCCCUUUCGUGAGUUCCGUGGCAAUGUAUCGUCACCAUCGGAGACCGUUUUCCUACGAAGCUCAUCAACGUGCACCCAAAAGCGGAUUGAGGGUGUGGACGUCUAUGAGAUAAUCCAAGAACAAGGUGAAAGCCCGCGCGAAAUAUUGAUAGGAGACAUCGAUGACCUUCCUCCCGGAAGUCUCGACAUGGGUGUCAUCCUAGACCACAUUUUUGCAAAGCACAGAGAUGAAACAGACAGUGAGGAGUUCACGUGGGCGGCUAAUAUAGAUUUCACUCGUAUGUCAAACUCGCCUACAACGUGUCUCACUACCGCGUGUAAGUAUGACGACGCCAAACUCCCCAUCUCAAUCAGCCUGUCUCUCGUUUACACGGUCCCUGACAUGGAGCCACAAGUUCUCGGAGACGAAGAAGAGUUGCCAGAGCAACCAGGGCGGUACAACCUAACAUACAUCGAGUGCUCAAGCUGCUUGAGCGGCCCCGAUCCCGCCACGCGCGCUUCGUUCUACGGCCUCUCCACAGAGAACGCGACCUACGUUUCCAACAUACUUCUCAUGCUGGGGGUGUUUCAAGCCGACUCAGAUUUCUUUGACGACGAUCGCAGUACCAGUUUUCGACUGUACACCACCGACAGCGGGUUGACCACUAUCCUAGAUGAUCCGGGCUUCUCCGACGACGACGUGUACAGCCCGCUGGACGUAGCACACCUCGCUGCACGCCUCCCCAUCCUGGCCGUGGUCGGUGCCGAUGGCGAGCUACCCACAAUGCAGCUGUCCAAUGCCUCCUCAGCGGUCGUCAUCAUCAACACCAAGCUGGGCGUGAAAUGGGACCGGGCUAUCGGCGUGCUCGCGGGGAUUUUGGGCGGACAGCUCAUCGUCUCAGUCCUAGUGCUAUAUUGGUGCAGGCAGACCUUCGUGCCCGACUACCGCAGCCAGGUUUCGACGGCAAAUCUGCUCAAGACCAUUGUGGGAUCGGCUAAACUGAGCGGCGUGGAGAAAAUGUCUGAGGUGGCCACAGUUCUUGGGGCCGAGGGGAAGUCGCUGGAGUAUCGGGCGAAAUGGGAUGCAAAAGGACAAUGGUUGAGGGCUGAGCUGGGCUGGUCUUCCAAGUAG